GAGAGAGCGCAUCGUCGUUCAAACGCCCUUGCUGCAUGCACCGUCGCUGUUUGCGCGUCCAGUGACUUGGUCGAGCGCGGUGUGUGCUGAUUGCGCCUGCCAAUCACCGCCCGCCAUGGCGCCCAAAAGGGGACUGAGCAUCGAGCGCACCGACGAGCGCGAGGACUUCAUGCGCAAGUUGGAAGAGUAUCAUCAGCAGCGCGGAACCACACUCGAGGCCGAACCGAAAAUUGGCGUGCGACACGUCGACCUCUUCAAACUUUACACACGCGUUGUCGAGGAGGGUGGCUAUGACCUUUGCUCAGAUACGAAAGCAAAGCCAUUGAUGUGGCGGCGGCUGGCAGAGGAAUUCAUCGGCAAGAAUCAGUACACUGCCGCGCAGGCUUUUCAGAUUAAGAACGUGUACUACAAGAAUCUUUGCGCGUACGAGAUCAGCACACAUUGGGGCAAGGAGCCACCGCCCAAGGAGAUUCUGGAGGACGUCACGGCGAAAGGCGGCAACGUCAUGACUCGGACGUUGGAGAAUUACGAGCGUCCAAAAGGUCGCGACGGAGAGGGCAUGCAGAACGGCGAGGGCAGCGAAGGCAGUCCGGAGCAGCGCACUCCCAAGGACGUCAAAUCCGAGCUCGCUGACGAGCCGGGCAGCGCGACAGGACGAUCGACUAGGGGCCUGAGACAGCAGCCUCCGCAACGCGUCCUUUUUCAGCCCGAUGCCCCUCCAACACGCCAGACACGUGGGCAAGCCCAUCCUCCUGGAGCUUCUCCCACCCCGGGUGCUUCGGUGCACGGCAUGACCCAUUCAUCGUCGCUCGCCAACGGCACUUCUUCGACUCUGGCAUCUUACGAACCCCCGCAAGCAUAUCCGCUCUCCCUGAAGGCCGUCGCGACUCCCGCUAGCCAGCCUGAUUGGUACCGCAAUGAGCGGAAGCGCAAGCUCGAGAGUGAAGCUGGGCCUCUCGCAAAGAAGUAUAAGAAUAUCAUGCUCCCGGGCACAGGCUUCAUUGGACCUAACAUCUACGUGCGAGCCCAGCUUGCUUUGCAGAGUGGCUUGCCAGAAGAGGAGCAGUACGCUCUGCAUCACCUUGUUAAGAUCAGUCAUGAGCGGGGUGAUAAGUACCGCUUUGACCAAUUCCCUGGUCUUGCCGAUGCUCUGAUCAAGAAGACCUUGCAAGUGACGAGCCUGUUCUACGACAUCGAUUGGGAUGUAAUGUACGACGAGGAGUUUUUUGCAGGAGAUGACGAGACCCUCAACGGCUUGGACGGGACGCCAGACAUUCUGCAGAAGCUGAGAUCCAGGAUUCCAAUCAUCUCGGAAGACUCCACUCUGGAUUCGAAUUUCCUCACGCGACUGAAUCGAGUCACUGAAGCGGGUCUCGUCCUACGCAACAUGAGCCUCCAAGACGAGAAUGCAGCAUAUCUCUCGCGACUCCCGCUCGUCCAAGAUUUGAUCGCAGUUGUGCUCAACCUGCCGGAACAUCCAAGCUUGGUCGAGCUUCGACAUCACAUCCUCGAUUUGUGCGAGCAAGUGGUGAAAUAUGUCGACAUCAGUCCCCACGAUGCAGUGUAUCAAGGCCUCAUACAGCAUGCCCUCUCUCCGGACCGAGGAGCCAUCACUACCGCGCUACGAGCCGUAAGCAGGAUAGCCAUGACCCAUCCGCUGCCGAAACGACUGGAUGAUGUUCCUGUGUCUUUAUUACAUCGCGUACAUGAUUAUCUAUUGGUGGAAGACGAAGAGCUACGAUCUGCAUGUUUGGAUUUCCUAGGCCAGUACACAUCAUUCGCAGACAACGUGGAGAGUCUCGUCUCUGCAGUGGACGCGGAGGCACUGGGCCGAGUUCUGAGUCGCCUGGUCCUGUACACGGCCAAGGAAUACACGGAGUCCCGGCCCACGAAGCCACGCGAGGCCAAAGAGACCAUUCCGCCUGUUCCACGUCUAUCGAGAGCGAUCGUCCAGGACCUGCUGAAACUCGAUGAGCCUGAACGAUCGUCUGAAUGGCUGCGCAUGUGUUUCGUGUCCGACCCGACCGCGGAUAUGACGCAGAUCUCUCUGUGGCAAGCAUAUCAGGGCACCUUCGCGCCACACCAAGCAACACACCCUCAUCUGAUUGCUGGAGACUUCAUUAAGAACGUCAGCAGCACUUUCCAGGGUGCAACAGCUCAGGUUGCGGCAGCCAACAAAUACGUGAUCAAAGGUAUCCGGUCGAGGGCCGCUCCGGUCGACACUGGGAUGCUCGCCGGCUCAAACGCUGCGGAUAAGGACAAAGAGCUGAUCCGCUGCCAUUGGCAUGUCACAUAUCCCGUUGAAGGAGCACGGGAUGCAAUCACUGGACUUGUUUCGGGUCCAACGACACGGGAAGUCGAAUGCGCCGAGUGGUUCCGCACAGGAGAGGAAAUCCUUGAGCAUAUCCUGACCCAGCACCUGCAAAUACCGACGAAAAGCGCGGCUGUGGAUGCAGACAAGAUGGAGAUAGACUCAACAUCUGCGCUGUCGCCACCAGCAACCGCUAAUGGCCUGAGUAAUGGUGUCACUGAAAAGUCAUGGAAGGCGAAGUUCGAUUUCAGCGACAGCGACAAAAUCUCGUCGAAAUGCAAAUGGUCGGACUGCGAGCACACCGCGGCGACGCCCGAAGGCGCACAAAUUUCCAAACCCUUUCUCCUAGCAAGGCACAUCGAAACGCAUUUGCCAGAGACAGAUGCUGCUCGCUCCAAGCACAACUUGCGACCAGAUAGCGACGUGGCACCGCGGAACGGAGAGAUCACCAGGAUUGCCAUGCUGGAAGACGAGAAGGGGGAUGCCACAUCUUUAUCAUUGCGGGCGGCGUUGGUACUACGGAAUAUGGCGCGCUUCAUGCCCAAGUCGGUGUCACCCAUGCGAGCCGUUAAGAGUGGGCAAAAGCGACAACAUGAUCUCAUGAGCAUCGUGUUCAGCAAUGAGGUCACAGAGCGGCUGCUGUAUGCAAUGUCCAGUGGACGAGCCAUACGAGAGUAUUGCGGGGCUAUUUUUCGAGCGAUCAGAGCAAACAGCGUUUAAUGGUGUAUAGACGCUGCAUUACAAUCCACAGUUACCGUACGUGGCUCCUAGCGCUACGCACACCUGCUCACGACCGCCUCUUUUUGACCUUUCUCUUAAUGGCUACGACUGCCGACCAACUAUACCCGACACUCUUCCACAUGCCAUCCGCCACACCGUAGACUAGAUUUGGCGUUUGCAGAUUGCCGUUCAUCACUCCAAAUGCGAAGAGCGCGAGAUAUGAGAGGCUGAGAACCACCGCAAACGAAAUCCAGAACGUGCGGACGCUAUAUUGAAUGUUGUCCAGAGGCAUAGAGAAAUAGCCCGCCAUGCUAUGAUGAAUCAGCUUCCAUUCCUCGCAUACAUGAAGGAGAGUACUUACAAUGACACUGGCAAAAAGAGAGUGGC